UUGAUCCAGCGUUCAAAUCAGACAGGCGAGACUAUAAUUCAGUCCCUUCACGCUUCCCCCAGCCCAGUUGUCCUGCUUUUGCUUUUCGCCCUACGGCACGGCAACAAUUCUGGCUUUCUUCAUUCAAGGACAGGCGGAGGAGUGGAAGAGCCUGUGGGAGAGGCGCUGAAGCAAAGCCGGCUUGUGAACUGGAGACACCAGGUCAUACUUGGCUUGGCUCACAACAGGGAGAUCACAGUACUUUCCAGCCAACAAGUGAAAAGAAGCCAUGAAGACCUCAGAUAUUUUGCUCUUGCCCACUGUGCUACUCACGUUCCUCUUCCAUAACUGUUUCGCACAGGCUGAACCUGACCUCGUAGUAGCAACAAGAUUGGGCAGAGUGCAGGGUACAAGAUUGCCUGUUCCAGACCGGAGUCAUGUGAUUGCUUUCUUAGGCAUCCCAUAUGCUGAACCACCCAUUGGGAAGAGGCGUUUCAAGAGAGCUGAGCCCAAAAAGCCCUGGAAUAAUGUCUUUGAGGCUAAAGAGUUCUCAAAUGCCUGCUAUCAGUUUGUGGAUACCUCUUACCCGGGCUUUCCAGGUAUUGAAAUGUGGAACCCCAACAGAGUGAUGAGUGAAGACUGUCUUUAUCUGAAUGUGUGGGUACCUCCUACGCCCAGACCACAGAACCUCACAGUUAUGGUCUGGAUAUAUGGUGGUGGCUUCUAUAGUGGCUCUUCCUCUCUUGAUGUCUAUGAUGGCCGUUACCUGGCUUACACUGAAAAGGUAGUGGUUGUGUCUAUGAACUAUCGUGUUGGAGCUUUUGGAUUCCUUGCUCUUAAUGGCUCAUCAGACGCACCUGGAAACGUGGGUCUCUAUGACCAGAGAUUGGCCCUCCAGUGGGUACAAGAAAACAUCCACUUCUUUGGCGGUAACCCAAAACAGGUCACCAUUUUUGGAGAAAGUGCUGGGGCAGCAUCAGUUGGCAUGCAUGUUCUGUCACCAGACAGCCGCCCCCUCUUCACACGUGCCAUAUUGCAGAGUGGUGUUCCAAAUACACCCUGGGCCACUGUUACCUUUGAUGAGGCCCGUCGGAGAACCACCAAGUUGGGCAAACUGGUUGGUUGCACCUGGGGCAAUGAUACUGAACUGAUUGAUUGUCUGAGGAAUAAACAUCCACAGGAACUAAUUGAUCAAGAGUGGCAAGUUCUUCCCUGGAGCAGCCUUUUCCGCUUUUCCUUUGUGCCUGUCGUCGAUGGGGUUUUCUUUCCCGACACCCCAGAUGCAAUGAUUAGCUCUGGGAACUUCAAAUACACUCAGAUCCUGUUGGGCGUAAAUCAGGAUGAGGGAUCUUACUUCUUGCUUUAUGGGGCACCAGGUUUCAGUAAAGACAAUGAGAGUUUAAUAUCUCGGGAAGACUUCCUGGAAAGUGUGAAGAUGGGUGUUCCACAUGCCAAUGACAUUGGCUUGGAAGCAGUUAUCCUUCAAUACACUGAUUGGAUGGAUGAGAACAACGGCCAAAAGAAUAGAGAUGCCAUGGACGAUAUUGUAGGAGAUCAAAAUGUCAUCUGUCCUCUACAGCAUUUUGCAAAGUCAUACGCACAAUACGCUGCCCUCCAUGCCCAGUCAUCAGCGGCAGCUCCAGGAACACUAGGCUGGGGAAACUCAGGACCAACAGGCUACAACAGUGGCAACUCGCAUGGUGCUGUGUACCUUUAUCUGUUUGACCAUCGAGCCUCAAACCUGGCCUGGCCUGAGUGGAUGGGCGUCAUCCACGGCUAUGAGAUUGAGUUUGUAUUUGGCCUGCCAUUGGAGAAGCGACUCAAUUACACAGCAGAGGAGGAGAAACUCAGUCGACGAAUAAUGAGAUACUGGGCUAAUUUCGCCCGCACUGGUAAUCCCAAUGUUAAUACUGAUGGCACCAUGGACAGUCGGAGACGAUGGCCUCAAUUUUCAGCUAAUGAGCAAAAGCAUGUGGGCUUGAACACAGAGCCAAUGAAGGUGCACAAGGGUCUAAGAACACAGUUCUGUGCUCUGUGGAACCGCUUCCUGCCUCGUCUGCUUAACAUCACAGAUAACAUUGAUGAUGUUGAGCGACAGUGGAAAGUGGAGUUUCAUCGCUGGAGCUCUUACAUGAUGCACUGGAAGAGCCAGUUCGACCAUUACAGCAAGCAGGAGCGCUGCACAGAUCUCUAGAUUAAUCUGUUGUAAGCAUAAGAGUGCAGAUCAAAGAAAAGGGAAAACUGAUGACCAUAACCCUUAAUAGUCUCUUUUCAGAACGGCAAUGGCUGCCAAAGCUUUUUAGUUGAUUGCGAUCUUCAAAUAGGCAUGACUAUAAAUUAGCGAAUGUUGCACUUUUGUGCAGAAUAUUAUUCCUCCCCGUGUAAGAUUUUACUCUUAUAACUCAAUUAAAAAUUGUUACAAAAUGUAAGUAUUAUCUUCCAAUAUUGCAUUGGCUAUACAUAAACCCAAGGAAAGGCCAGUUCAAGCUGCUACCAGAGAUUAUCAAGUGCUACGGUCAUCGAAUAAAUGUAACAGAAAAAAAAUGUUCUAGUUAUUACCUCUGAACAGUGAGUGUGCAUGUCUUUUCCACUGGAACCUAGAAGCCCUAAUUUACACUGGUCCUCAGGAUCCCACUUUUUUUAUUAUUAUUAUUUUUAUCCUGUGUUCAAAUAGGCUUAAAUAAUAAUGGCUGCUUCAUCGUAUGUUUAUCUUUACAUCUACUCAGUAUCUCGUGCUUUUUCCCAAUUAUCAUGUGAACUCGUCUGCCGUCUCUGCUUUCUGACUGUGGUCCAACUAUAUACUAAUAAUUCAUGAAGGAAUCAGGAGCCAUUUCAUCUAUGUUGUCUAACUGUUCUGAAUUACGUGGGCGAGUAUGUGUGUGUGUGUGUUAACGUACUAAUAUCUGAAACCUAUUUUCAUUUCAGUUGCUACUUAUAUUGCAUGUAUUCUAGUGGCCACAGCAUGACUCCUCGUGUGUGUGUGUGUGUGGAUGUACGAAAGAGAAAGUCUUUGUUUACCAUAUACCAUUUACACCGGUCAGUAUACAUGUCUAUGUUUCAUACCACUCAUGAAUUUCACCUCUUAGUUACAAUUUCAUACGGGCAUUGUACGUUUGGCUGUUUUAUCUUGGGGAAAGGAAGCUUGGCGAGUAAGACUAAUGUUGUCUGUGUGCCAAAGGGUCAAUAUCAUUUUUUUUCCUUUGCUGUCUCCCUCUCUCGAUGGGAAAGGCUUCUCAUUACGAUAAUGGAGGGAGAGUAAUUUACUUAGUGCUCAUUUGAAAUGACAGCCCGCUGUGUCAGCCAUCUUAACUCCAGCCCUACCUUCACCCUUCUGACGCGGUGGUAGUAUGAUGAAGGAAAACACAGGCGAGGGGAAGCUGUGAGGACAAACAAGAAUACAGGGUUACAAAAGCCACUCCUAUCGUGUUCUAUAUAUUUAUUGUAAUAUUUGAUGUAUUUUUUAUUUGAGUAAAUUAUUUGCAUGAUUGCAUCAAGUAUCAAUUGAACUAAAACUCAGUGUUUUAGUUAGCGUAAUUAAGAGGACAUAUUUUAUUAUUUGUGUAUUUAUUAAGAGUGUGGAACUGCAUACAUAUAUUUGCCUGUCGAUCUGGAGCAAACAUUAUUUAGCAUCUUACUGUGUGAAUGUAUCAUGGUCAGUCAUUCUCUCUUACACACAUUUAUGAUGAAAAUGCCGGAUAUGUGAAUGCUAGUCUAUGCCUAACUUCCUGUCAGUCAUUUUCUGCUAAAUCUUGAUCCGUGUACUUGUCUAGUACAUUUGUUAACACUGUGGAAGGGAUCCAAGUCAGUGCUGUGAUAAGACAGCAGGUCUUCCAGCACACAACACCAUGGGUUGACAUUAAACAUUUAACCUCUAAAUAUGACUAGAAUAAUGUAGAUUAGCUUCAAGCAAUGCCAUUAAAAUAUUGUACUAGCUAUAACAUGAAUGCAGGAAAGGUGAGAUUUAUGUGUGUUUGUUUAUGGAUCUAAAAGUGACAGCUGCUCUUUGCCCACUUAUCUCUUCCACUCCAUGAAAUCCCCUUGUGCAUGUCCUAGACUCUCCUUGCUCUGUACUAUGUGCUUUAAAAAUGGACUGUUAUCCUCCGACAAUAUUAGUGCUGAUGUCUGUUAAUGUACAACAUUUAUAGCUAUAAAGAAAGCAUUUUAUAAUAGCCCAGAGAUAGAGAUUGAUGUUAGCAAUAACACUAUACACUUAAUAUAGAAUAUAUUUAUUUGAACGCAUUUACACUCGUGCAAUUUCACUGACUAUAAACAGUGGUCACGAAUUGAAGGAAUGAUCAUGGGGAUUGUAAAUGUCUACAAAUCAACUGGUUCUUCAAAGCAAUAUAGAGUGCCAUGUGCUAUCUUUUUUCUAGUAUGUUGUUGUUGUUUGUCUAAUUUGCAUUCAUUUUAGAAUGGGUUUAAAGGUUUCCCCGAUGACAUAAUUGUUAAGAAAAUGUAUUGCAGCUGAUACCUGCCUCUUAAAUUUCAUCAUACAGACAAAAUAUGAAAUUGUAAAACCUUAUUAUUCUACCCCAAGUAUAUGUAGAACAUUGCUGAGCAAGCAUUUUAUGUUCUGCAUUUGUUGCACUUUGACAACAUGCAUAUAAUAAUAGCAACCACUGUUAUAGUUGCUCUUGUUGUUCAUGUUUUUAUUGUUCAUUUGGUCCAGAUAUUGCCAGCUGUGUCAAAAUAGUGCCAAACAUGUAUAGUGACAGCAUCGUGCAAAUCCUCUGCAUGGUGUUACUUGUCAUAUCCGCCCUCUCUGGACAUCAUAUCAGAAGCUUUCCAACGCAUCCCUCAAUAAACAGUAAUUGAAUUAAAGGAAA